CGGCCACGUGGGGGGCGCGCAGCGCGGGGGCAGAGGCGCCGGAGAGCGCGGGGCUGUGCGGGACCGCGGCCGCGGCUACCGGCCGGGACUCGAGGGGCGGCAGGAGCGCCUUCUCUCCGUGGAGCCUGAAGUAGCCGCCCUGGGGGCCAUGCAGAGGGCUGGGGCAGGUGGCCGCAGGGCUUCUGACUGCGGGCCCACCCCUUACCGGCCCAGGUGCAUCACCAAAUUUGCCCAGUAUGUGGGCUCCUUCCCGGUGGAUGACCUGGAUACGCAGGAGGGCGUGUGGCUGGUGCGGCAGCAGCUGUGGGCACUGAAGGACUGUCCCCGACGCCGAGCAGUCAUCCUGAAAUUCAGCCUUCAGGGUCUCAAGAUCUACAGCGGGGAGGGAGAGACGCUCCUGAUGGCCCAUGGCCUCCGGCGCAUCCUCUACUCUACCUGGAGCCCGGCCCGCUGCCAGUUUGCCUUUAUUGCCCGGAACCCACGAAGCCCACCCAGCAGACUCUUCUGCCACCUCUUUGUGGGCAGCCAGCCUGGAGAGGUUCAGAUCCUGUACCUGCUGCUCUGUCGAUCCUUCCAGCUCGCUUACCUCCUGCAGCAUCCUGAAGAGCGGGCACAGCCUGAGCUUUCCCCUGGGCCUGCAGGCGACGCGUCUCCAAAGCCACUCUCCAGCUCAGGGGGUCCUGCUACCCUGGUGCGGGAGCCCUUCAGCCAUAAUCAGCUCACACAGAACGUCCGUGCCCUGGUCUCUUUACAGCGGCUGCCAGCAGAGAAGCCAGGGGGCACUAGUGGGAAGGAGCUGCCUGAGUCAGAAGGCCGCAGCGCCCGCCAUGCCCGCCUGGGGAACCCCUACUGCUCACCUACACUGGUGCGCAAGAAGGCCAUUCGCAGCAAGGUGAUCCGCUCGGGGGCCUACCGGGGCUGCACCUACGAGGCCCAGCUGCAGCUGUCGGCGCGGGAGUCCUAUCCUGCUGCAUGGGAGGCGUGGCCCCGCAGUCCUGGUGGCCCCCCAUGCCUGGUGGAGAUCGAAGGCAGCCUGACAGAGAACAUCUGGGCCUUCGCUGGCCUCUCCAGGCCCUGUGCACUCGCUCUGCUGCGGAGGGAUGUGGUUGGUGCCUUCCUGUUGUGGCCUGAGCCCGGUACCAGCGGCCAGUGGUGCCUGUCUGUGCGGACGCAGUGCGGGGUGGUGCCCCACCAGGUCUUCCGGAACCACCUGGGCCGGUACUGCCUGGAGCACCUGCCAGCGGAGUUCCCCAGCCUGGAGGCCCUGGUGGAGAAUCACGCUGGGAUGGAGCGCAGCCUGUUCUGCCCUCUGGACAUGGGCCGCCUGAACCCCACCUACGAGGAACAGGACUGUGGGCCCCAAGGCAGGCCCCCCCGGACGCUGCGGCCCCUCAGCCAUGCCAAGUCUGAGGCAGAGCUGCUGGGCCUGGGUUAGAAGAGGGAUCCGGCUGGCUGCAGCCUCUGAAGCUGCUCCGCCCUCUCACACCCCACUGGCUGCCAGUUCCAUGUGUCUCAGCCCCCAGUCAGUCUUCCAUCGCUUCACUGCCUGCUAUGGAGGAGCCCUGAGAUUGGGCGGGUGGCUCCCAGAGAUUCUAGGAGCAGGAGGUGGUGCACCAAGCUUCCCAAAACUUUGGUGAUGGGAUGUUUGUCUCCCAGGCUAAUGCUCUGCCCCUGCACGGGAGCUUUUCACAGGGGUGGUGCAGCCUUCUGCCAAGGAGCUGGGCCUUGGCCUUUGCCUGGGAGGCUCUGGAGAGUUCCUGACCGGAAACCAGACCCGUGGAGUAGGAAUCACAGCCCCUGGGCUCUUUCCCUCUGGCCAUUCACCCAGGAGGGUGGCACUGAGCUGCCCUGCCCAGCUCACCCUGCAGACCAUGUUGCUUUGCUGGCUACCUUGGGAGGCCACCUGAUCCUGAUGUUGCCUUUGAUACAGGUCUGGCUGUGGUGUUGAGGCCACUUGUCUCAUCAGGCCAGUGCCAUGGGGAUGGGACAGAACAGAGUCCUCAAAGGUAGACAGCCCUUGGGGCUGGGGAUUUAGCUCAGUGGCAUAAGCGCCUGCCUUGCAAGCAGGCAGUCGUGAGUUCGAUCCCCGGUACCGAUAAAAAGGAAAAAGACAAAAAAAAAAUCAUAAAGGUAGACAGCCCUGUCUCAGGGAGCUGGGCAUCAGCAGCAGGGGAGAGCUGGGCAAGCCUUUCUAGUGGAGGAGGUGGCCCUGCUGGUGCCUGAUGAGUCCUUUGUAAGACUUGGCAGAUAAAUAUGAAUCUACCGUGGGACAAGUUCGUUUCUGAUUAAAUUGCACUCCUGAGGCGAAGACCAGGUAAUGUGUCUGGGCCUGCCCUUUCCACCCUCAGGGUACGGGGUGAGUCUACUGAUCAGUGCCUUGGAAGUAACAGAUUUCUGAGCGGGCAGGAGGAGAGCAGCCCCAGCAGAAUGGAGGGGAGGCAGGCACGCCUAAUGUUCCCAGCCUCCAGCCCUGGCAGGACGUGACUUGGCUAGAGACCUUAGCACUUUAAGUGAGGUGCCACAGUGGCUAGAGGAGUGUCCUGUGGGCUCUUGUCACUGGCAACAUUGCACUGACUUCAUGCUGAAUGUGAGGGACUCCUCCAGCCACCUGUGCUGCAGCACCCCUGCCCCGGGCAGAGCGCUGGUCUCUGGGAGGCUCUGCCUUCCUCCGCCGGCAGGGAGAGGAUGGGGAAUCCCACACCUAGGGUGGCAGCUCCUGAGACCUGCACCUAAGCAAGCCUGGCCAUUGGCCUGUGCUUGGGCCAGGCUGUCUCCGGGGUGGGGUGCUGUGAACAAGCUAAGGGGUAUUCAGCAGGCCUUUCUGGCAUUCCUCCAAGCAGUACUUGUGGAUCACGAGUUACAGAUAAGGGCAAGAGUUUUGCUCGUGUGUGUGAACUACGCAUGUCAACAACAGACCACAAUUUUUUUUGUCUUUGUUCCACCUAACACCACCUAGGAAGCCAGACUUUCCUUACUGUGUGGACUGUGAGACAAAUAAAAUGCAUUUCUUCA